AUGGUCGCAUGCCCAAUCUGCGGCAAAUCUGUCAAACAAACCACGAUCAACGACCACAUCGAUUCCAACUGCACCGAGUACAUUGAGAGUGAAAGCAAUUCUACACCCGGGGCGGGCAAAUUCUUCAAGACGCCUGUCGCCAAACGUGAUGCUUUCUCCUUCUUUUCGUCCUCCCAGCCAAUACCAUCUCCUAGCGAUACUCGACCGCCUGCUGCCAUAGCAGCGAAACGACCAUUCGCACCCACUUCGACGCAGCAACAACCCAAUGGACACCCCGUUAUGAAGAAUGAGGAGACAGGCACAUCUCACCAUGGUAUUGAAGCAGCUGCACCUCAGAGCAAAAGGCCCAAACACAACCCCUUUGAAAAAGCAGCCCCGCUAGCAGAACGUAUGCGUCCUAAAACCCUAGAUGAAGUCUGUGGACAGGACCUGGUCGGCCGCGAUGGCGUGCUACGAGGACUGGUCGAACAAGACCGCGUCCCUAGCAUGAUUCUCUGGGGUGCCGCAGGGACAGGAAAGACGACCAUUGCGCGCGUUAUAGCUGGAAUGGUUGGCUCGCGCUUCGUCGAGAUCAACAGUACAUCUUCUGGGGUGACGGAGUGUAAGAAGAUCUUCGCAGAAGCCAAAAGCGAACUGGCCCUCACGGGUCGCAAGACAAUCAUAUUUUGUGACGAGAUCCACAGAUUUAGCAAGAGCCAGCAGGACGUUUUCCUCGGUCCGGUCGAAGCUGGACAUGUUACGCUGAUCGGCGCCACGACCGAGAACCCUAGCUUCAAGGUGCAGAACGCUCUCCUUUCGAGGUGUCGGACGUUUACAUUGCAGAAACUCACCGACCAGAAUAUUUGCGACAUCCUUCAUCGGGCGCUGGAAGCCGAAUGGAACAAUUACAGUCCCUCUCAACUCGUCAAUGACGAGUUGAUCAGAUACCUCGCCGCCUUUGCUGACGGCGAUGCCCGCACGGCCCUCAACCUCUUCGAGUUAGCUAUGGACAUCUCUCGUCGACCCGGCAUGACUCUGGUGGAUCUAAAGCAAUCGCUCACAAAGACGCUCGUCUACGACCGAGCCGGCGACCAACACUACGACACUAUAUCCGCAUUCCACAAAUCUGUACGCGGCUCCGACCCUAACGCAGCGUUGUACUAUCUGGCGCGCAUGCUCCAGUCUGGAGAAGACCCACUGUACAUUGCGAGGCGGAUGAUUGUGAUCGCGAGCGAGGAUGUCGGAUUGGCGGACAACUCGCUCCUCCCGCUCGCGACCGCAGCAUAUACAGCUUGUGAGAAAAUUGGCAUGCCUGAAGCGAGAAUCAACCUUGCUCAUGUCACUGUGGCGUUAUGUCUUGCUCCCAAAUCGACGAGGGCGUACAGGGCUCUUGUGAAUGCAAUGCACGCUCUUGAAGAGCCCGGAAUUGCAGGUCUGCCGGUUCCCAUCCACCUAAGAAACGCGCCGACCCGGUUAAUGAAAGAAUUGGGCUACGGGAAAGAGUACAAAUACAAUCCGGAUUAUGUUGAUGGGAAGGUUAAGCAAGAUUAUUUGCCUGACAAGUUGAAGGGCAGAGAGUUUCUCGAGGAAAGAGAUUUGGGGGAGAAUAUCGAUGAUGAUUUACUAGAGGAAGCAGGAUCAACGGAGAAUGGCAAAGUCGCCAAUGGAGAGAAUGGAAACGGAUGA